CGAAAGAAGCGUGCUGCUUUGUCGAGACUUUUCUUCGAAAAUCUAUAGCUUUUUCUCUCGUUACUCAAAAGUUCCACUAUGGCAGAGUACGUUCAGCAAAAUCUCGAGGGUAUGUUGCCAGAACUUGAGGAAAUGGAGCGAAUGGGAGUGUUUUCAAGUGAUGAAAUCAGGACCAUUGUACGUAAGAGACGAGACUAUGAAUACCGUCUGCAAAAAAGAAUCGUUCAGAAGUCAGACUUCUUAAGAUAUAUGCAGUAUGAAAUUAACCUGGAUAUGUUGAAGAAAAAGAGGAAGUCGAGACUUGGCAUAAAAAGGAAUUUACAAGCAGAAUAUGCAACAAUGAAAAAAAUACACAAUCUGUUUCAGAAUGCCUUAAAGAAGUUUGUGGGAGACAUCAAGCUCUGGAUCCAGUACAUUGAAUUUUGCAAACACAUGGGAAGUUUAAAAAUUCUUGGAAAAGUAUUUGCCAAACUCUUGCAAUAUCAUCCAGACAAGCCAAGUCUGUGGAUAAUGGCAGCAAAGUGGGAGUUUGAAGAAAACAAGAACAUCCCUAACAGCAGAUCUUUAUUACAAAGAGGUUUAAGGGUGAACUCUUCUUCUCAGCAACUAUGGCUGGAGUAUUUCAGAAUGGAACUUCUUCAUGUGGAAAAAAUUCAUAAUAGAAGAAAAGUUCUUGGAAUGAGUGGAGGAGAAGAUUCCCAGGAAGAAGAAGUGACUGCAGAAUUUCUUGCUGGAAAAGUUCCUGAAAUUGUCUACAAAAAGGCAAUAGAGGCUGUGCCAGAUGAUAUAAAGUUCCGAAUAUCCUUUAUAGAAAUUUAUCGCCUCUUUGAAAACACGGAACAUGGCUGUGAUAUGAUAUAUGAAAGCUUAAUAAAACAUUUUCCUGAAUCUGAGGAGGUGUGGAAUUUGGUAGCACGUCGACCCAUUGAUGAAGCAAAAGCUAAAGUAAAGAAAGGAACAGCUGUUAUUACAGAUAGCCAGUGGUCAGAGCUUCUGGUGGAAAUGAACAAGUUGUUUCACCAGGCAGUAGGACAAGUUCAAACUGAUAAAAUGUGGGAGUUAUAUAUUACUACCUGUACGGAGCUACUUACUGAUUCUUCUCUCGAGCAAGCUAAAGAGCAACAAGAGCAAAAUGUUUUGUGCUUAUUUUCUGAGGCUGAAAAAGCUAAUUGUGUCAGUGAGGAUCUCUACAAAACAUGGGUUGACCUCCUGCUUCAAAGAGAUCAGUCAAAGAAAGCCUUAUUGGUUUGUAAAAAGGCAACUAAACAUUUUAAAACAUCAGCGAGUUUGUGGAGCAAGUACUUGAGACUUAAACUGCUGAACAAGGGCAAAAUAAAGGACAUUCAAAAUGAAUUUUCUACAGCUCUGCAGUGCGUAGAUUCCAAGGAUUCGUUAUUUCUUUGGAAUCUCUGGAUUGAGUGGUGUAUUGAAAAUAAUCCGGAUGAGGUGGAAUCUGUCUUUGAACUGUCAUUGCAAUCCUGUGCUGACGUACAGAUCGAAACGAAAUACAAAUAUGUCGAGUGGACCUCGAGCACAAAAGGGAUCAAGAAAGCGAGGAAACUCUACAAAAGACUGAUUCAAGAGCGACCUUAUACAAUUUCUUUCUUUCGAAAGUGUAUCGACCUCGAGUUAACACAGGUUGAGCCGAGUGCGAAGCGUAUUCGUGAUUUGUAUGAAGCAGCCGUAGAUCAGUUUGGUUCUUCUUAUCCUGAUUUGUGGGUGGAUUAUAUUCGCCUGGAACUCCUACACCCUGGUGGAAAGCCAGACAAUGUAGGUCAGCUGUACUGGCGAGCCACCAAGACACUCGACGGUAAAUUCACGGAGGAAUUUGUGGGACUGUACUCGUUGCUGCAGGCGGGGCGAGUUUAAAUCCAAAUCAAGAUGUUUCUUUAUACUUCUAACAUUGAGAAUGAUUUUAGGAUUGCAAUGAUGGAGUUAGUCUCUUUCCCUUGAGUAGCAUCGGGACUGAAGUGUUGAAGGCUUAGGCCUCUUAGGGAACAAAGGCGAUCGAUAUUUUGUGGGGAAAAAACCGGAAUUCUCUUCCAGAAAAAAAUAUGAUAGAAAACGUUUAUGUUUUUAAACAUAAUUAAAAAUUAAAUUAUGGAGUAAUUUUAUUUGUGUAGUUGUGAAGUCUUCAAUUAUAGCCAUCGCGGCUUUUCCAUUCAGACAUAGUUUGAUUUAUGAGGCGAAUUCCAGUUUUAUGACUGUUCGUGGUGCCAGGGCUUGCACCUGUUGUAAUGAAGUUAACCAAAAACAAUAAUUUUGUGUUAAACUUGAAUCAGAAAAAUAUGUAUUUUUUUCGUUAAGAUAGACAAACACAAACGAGGUAAUUAUAAACCAAGAGGGAACAAAAAAAGGAAAAGGUCGAGAUGACUAACAUGAAUUGCUAAUAACGAUCUCGAAAAAUUCAGACCAAGUGCCUAAUAGUGAAGAAUUCUCGACGGAGCUCUCAUAACGAGUAACUGAAAUAGGAGUGGCAGUUUGAUCUUUUAAACUUUGUAUUAAAACUGGGAGUCAGCAGUAGACACUCCACGGGGUGGCUUUUCUUGUCCACUGUUUCCACGUCGAAUUGGAAUUUAGAAUGUGAGAAUGUUCUGUUUUGACGCAAUUUUCCCGUUUCUCGUUUAACCCGUAUCAAUCGUAUUGUUAUCGUCUUCCAUCAUCCUGGUUGCUCUCGUGUCUGAGUACGACAUCUGUUACUCGGCAUCUCCAAGUAAUUAACUAAAACAGUUAUCGAAGUAAUUAACCAGUAUUACCGAGAAAGGUUGAACGUCUAGGACUCUUCGCCGUCCUUACGCUAUUGAUGUUUCAUUUGUGGUAAAGAAGAUUCUUUUUAGCUGAUCAUCAUUGCGAAUGAUCUGCUGUUUUUCGGUUGUUAUUUAUCAUAUAUCCUAAAGGGUAGAACCAUGAUGUUAGCGAGUGUCAAACAUCUUACGAUAUUCCGUGACUGCCGAAGUAUCUUUUUAAUUGGAUAUUGUAUUUUUUUUCCCGCCGCUUCCCCUCUAAUCAGGUUGUGUAUUGGUGAAGUUAAAUGGUUAAAACUUUUCCCAUCAUUAGGGUCAGUAUAAGCUAAGGAACAACCGAUACAUCAAUGGACCUCUUACACGCUCGCUCUCCGAGAAAGAAUUGCUAAAGCUGUCUUUUAAGAAACCGUUGACUACAUUGCAGGCCUUCUAAGUUAAUCGCAAAUUGAUAAAGAUUAAAUUGAGAAAUAAACAAAAGAAAUUAAACAUCUGACGAUCCUUUCCCCCGUAAGUCGGCCUCAAGGGGUAAACACGACGGGUGAAUUAGCUUCUACUCUAAGGUGUUCUUCAGAAAUGUCGUGAGGAGACAUUCCUAGUGCACGAGUCUUAUUUCUUUGGAGAGCGUUUUAGACAGGUCUGUUGACGUUCCUGAAGUGUUUGUCUGAAGUUCGGUGUCUUGUGGCACCAAGAGACAAACGAGCUAAUUGAAUAUGCUGAACAAUUUUUCUGAUGCAGACAAAAUAGUAUGACAAAUCAUCUGUGAUUCAUUACGAUGCGGAAAUCUUUAGUCUGGUUCGAAUUCCGGCCAGUCACAAAAAAAACUGAACUCUUUAAUGGACUUUGCUUGACCUCUCCCAAGUGUCUAUGUAGACAUCAUGAUUAUCUUUGGGGAGAUGCUGUUUUACACUAAAUUGUUUCACGCGAUUAGUAUUAACUCACAGCCAGCACAGGUAGAACCUCCUGUCCCCGUUUGUGGAACAUCCAGCUGUAAAACGAGGUUGAUAUCUUAAGAAUGGUUAACUGUCAUUUCUCAGGCCCUUUCUAAUCGGGCAGGUAACCAGAUUUUCAUCGCUCCGCAAAAACGUAUCGCCAGUCGAGCUGGAUAAUAAAAGAGAAUAAUAAAUAACUUGAUUUAAUUCUGUUUAAGAAAU